AUGAAUCCAUCAUUUUGUGCUAAUGGUUGUGGUUUCUAUGGUUCUGUCACCAACAAUAACCUUUGUUCGCAGUGCUACAAAGAUUAUAUCAAAGAAAAUGAAAUCAGAUCAAAGGAGGAGCCAAUAACAAAUACAUGGGAAAGUUCUGAAAUUGAUGUUAUUGCAACUAUUUCUCUUCCAGACACUCGAGAAGUUACUAAGAACAAAGGAAAAAGGUUGCUUGGACAAGAAAAAGAAAUAGUUGAUCUUGCUGGAAGGUACUUUGGAUCUUUCGAGGGAGAUUCAGAGGGGAGAAAUAACACUAAUGAGACAUGA